AUGGAGAAGAUGAGAGAGAGUGGGAGAAUAAACACAGUUUUGGUCACAGCAGGAGCAGCUGUGUUGAUGGCAUGUUUGAAACGUUUUAUGUUAAUGGUGUUUCUCAUGGAGCAAUGGCGGGCGUGGGUUUUCCUUCUACUCAACCUUGUCCUCUUAGCCAUUGUUUUCACCUCCAUUUCUUCCGGGACGUCGAGUAUUGGUCGAGAAUGUGAAAACAAAAACAAUGGCGAAAACAAUGCCGAAGGAUUCAAAAGCAACGAAGGAGUAAAGAGAAGAGAGUAUCGGUGCCCAUCAGCUCCUCAAAUAGUUGAACGAGUUAAGGUAUGUGAGGAUGAAAUGUGCAAGAGAUCGGACAGCGGCGGUGGUGAGAGCGAGCAUGAGCGGGUUGAAGACGAUGCGGAGGACGAGGAGGUUAGGAAGCUGUCGAAGGAGGAUUUGAAUGAGAAAGUGGAAGCUUUCAUCGUUAUGUUCCGGCAGCAUUUGGUUUCCGAUGCAAGAAACUGA